AUGCGUUGAACGAUGUAUUUGGUGUUUAUUUGUGAUAGUAACUGGACGAGACAAGCAUUCUACAAAUUUUAUACACACAAAAUGAGGAGUUUUCUUCUUUGGAUUUUAUCCAUUUCUUUAUACUAUGAACUAUCAUCGGCAUGGCAUAUGCAGUUUUCGCUUCGUGAUGUCUUAAAAGGACAAUGCAGGGACGUAUGUCCUAGAAUGUGUAAAAAGGAUCCGAAUUCAUUAAGUUCUGAUUACAAGUGUGGAUUUGUUUGCCAAAAUGUUUGCACUUCAAGAAUUAGAAAACGAAGAUCAAAAAGAGCAACCAGCUCGACAAACCAAAUGCACAUGACACCUUUACCAAGUAAAAUGAAGUUUUUCGAUAUUGAUAACGAUGGCGUUGUUAAUCUUUUCGAGUUUGCACGAGCUUUGGGACAUAAUCCUAGAAAACAGCACGUGGUCAGAGCGUUCAAAGCUGCAGAUUUAGAUGAUGACGAAAAAUUGGACUUUUUUGAAUUCAACAAUGAUGUUUGGGUGACUGACCAAGAUGUUGUCGACGACAAUUAUGAAUUUGAAAUAAAUGAAGACAGGUUUGAUUCCGAAUUUGACGAAGACAGUGACGAGUCUAGCGGAAAAAGAAGUGAUUCUGACGAUUCUAGUAGUGACUCAUCAAAAGAUGAUAGCGACGAUAGCAAUGACUUGUCAAAAGAUGACAGCAGUGACGAUAACAGUGAUGAUAGCAAAGAUUCUGAUAGUGAUAGCAGUAAAGAUAGCAAAGAUUCUGAUAGAAAGAGUCGACGACGAGGUAAAAAAGGCUCGAAAAAAGGCUCGAAAAAAGGAAGAAAAAGCGACAGAGACGGCGAUGGUGUCGAUAGUUGGGAUAUCGAUGGCAAUGAUGGACUUGAUGGAAGGGAUAGUUUAGAAAUGCCUGCUAUUGACAUGCCUGAGGCAGGAGGUGAAAUGAUGGAAAAUGUUGGCGAGAUGGGAGAAAAAAUGAGAGAAGGCUUUGAAAAUAUAGGUGAUAAUAUGGCUGACGGUAUGGGGGAUAUUGGAGAUGCAAUGGGCGAUGGAAUUGAUGCCAUGAAAGACGCAGCAGACGAUAGAGUUGAUGCAAUGGGAGACGCAAUAGACGGAAUGAAAGAUACAUUAGAUGACACAGCUGAUGCUUUGACCGGUGGUGUCAAUGAUGCAGUUGACGGAAUGAAGGAUGCCAUGGGUGGUAUUGCAGAUGCAGCCGCAGAAGGAAUGGACGCAGCAGCAGACGUAGUUGAGAAUAUAGUAGAUGGUAUGACUGAAAACAACAAUCUGGCCCUAGCAGCAAUGGCCACAUCAGGCAUGCCCCCUCCACCACCAAUUAAUGUAGCUGGUGACUCGUUUGUGCAACCUAUUUCUGCAGGAGUGGCUUCUAAUAAUAUUGGAUCUUUGUCCGGAAGUAAUGGCGGAACGUCCUUCAACUCGAUGAACACUUUAAGAACAACACGUGAUGAACAAACGUCAAACACAGCAGGUGUCGCUUAGUUUGGGUGUCCUUGCGCAUGAUCAACCAGAUGUAAAUGGAAGAAGAAGGAAGUUUUUACUACAAAGUCACUUAAAAUCGUUUAUAUUUAAUAUCAAUUUUCCAUUAAAUGAAGAGACUUAUAAUUUCAUACAAAUUUUAAAUGUUAUUCUUUUUAUUCGCCAUGGACACCCAUACUACUGUGUACCGAGAAAUAAGUUUGUUGUUUUUAUUUGUUGUUUUUUCCAUUAGACUUAAAGCGUCAAAUACGUUUUGAGUUUAUAUUAGUCAGCACACAAAGUCUUUCUAUUUAUAAU